AGUUGCAGAGCCUGAGUCAACACGUUGCAGGAGCUAGUGGUGCGAACAAUUGUUCGGAGCAUGGCCUGGUGGUAAAUACUUCUGGAACAACCGCUACGGCCGACCAGCAAGCGGGCGCCGGAGGACAUCAGCAGCAGAUUGGGAGUAGUAGCAAGAUGGAACAACAACUACCAGGCGCUAACCAGCAACAGUCCGCGCUACAGCAUGUUGCUGGGAAUGAUCAGCAGCAAGAUAAUAUGGAUCAGAUGCACCAAAGUGGCGAACAGAUGCAGAUCAACGCAAACAGCAACACGCAGCAAGAACAGAAUCCUAUGGCGCCGGGUGCAGCAGGAGACAACUACCUGAACCAAAAUUUGCAAAACGCGGAGCACAUGACCAAUACGCAGAGCAUGCAGCAAGGUCAGCACCAGCAGCAGAACAACAACCUGGUUAGUCAGCAGCCAGAAUUGCCUCCCGUGAUGCUGCCCAGCACGACGAACCAGAGUGUGAACACGGUGCAGCAGAUGAACCAAAACUACAACGCAGGCGACCACGCAAAUGCAAAUCACGCAGCGUUUCAGAUGCACAUGGGCAACACAUCCAUGGGUAGUACCCAGCAGCAUAAUAUGCAAAUGGGGCAAAAUGUAAAUUUCCAGUACGGUGGAAAUAAUGGAAUGAUGAUGGAUCACCAGCAAAUAAAUGCAAUGACCCUGCAGAAUCAGUACAACGGCGCACAAAAUCCUAUCAACAUGCUUGGCCCGGCACAGAUGAUGCAACAACAUCAGGGUCAUAUCAUGCACAACCCGAUGGCAGCCGCCGCCCCAGCUGCUAUGCCGCUCGUUGCAGCUGCUACGCCCCAACAGUACCCGCACCAAAACUUCCUCGGCAGCAUGGCUUCUACAGCCAUUCCCGCGAUGCAACUCCCGGCCCUGCCGAGCACGCUGCCAGCCCCAACGACGUCGGCGGUGCAGCAGCAACUACUCGCGAACAGUGGUGUAGCAAAUGCCGGUUCUUUCGUGGACCCGAACAAUUUUUGCCAGAUGGCCGCAGCGAGCAAUUUAAACUUGAUGUCUAAUUUUAACAACAUCAUGAAUUCCUUUCUCUAUCCCGGUUUACAACCCGGAGCCACGCUUGGUUUUGUCCCCGGAACAGCUGCUGCAACGGCUGCGCAGGACUUGCUGGCGUUCCCCGGUACGGCUGGUGCAAUGGCGAAUGGCGGGGCGAUG